AUGAAUACUAGCUACUGUUCAUACAAUGCUUUAUUAUCAUCGCAUCGUUCUGUCCUCGGAUACCUCCUCCUUUCGCGUGGGGACCAUGUCAGUAUCAUACGCCAUUCAGGCGUCGUCUUUGAGGGAGAGCAAGGGAAGAAGUACGCAAACGUUAUAGGCAAGAUGGUUGAGAGUGUGCAGGCAGGCUUGGAGGAAGUGAGCGGGUCAGAGAACGAUGGGAUUCGCUUCAUGAAAAUACGGACUAAACGCCAUGAAAUCAUGAUUUUGCCAGAUGAAAAAUAUCUUCUCGCGGUGUUGCAUAACCCCGCUUCAUGAAUCUACCAUAUCUCCCAUAUCUGUGUUUUUUUUUUGAUUCCAAUUUAUGUCCUAUUGAGAGUUUACUCUAUGGAGGACAGUACUGUCUAGUCUAGUCUAAGGGCCCCCAGUGCCCUGGUUGCAUCUCCGAAUCCGCGAAUGCCCUGAUGUGGGACGAUAUCUGUGUUUAUCUCACGACUGUAUCGGUAGGAUCUCGCGAUCCAACGCAUCUCUCAUAAUG